AUGUCCAACGACAUCGUCUCCAACCGAUCCACCCUAAAGGAAUUCCUCGCCUCCAUAGCCACCAUCUCAGGAGACCUCAGCAACAUCACCGCGCCCCCCUUCGUACUCGCAGAAAACUCGACCGUCGAAAUCCCCCAAUACUGGGCCGAUCACCCAGACCUCUUUGUCGCUCCUGCUGCAGAGCCAGACCCAGAGAAACGCGCCCUCCUCGUACUCAAGUGGUUUCUCGGAUCCCUGCGAAACCAGCAAUACGCGGGGCGAAGGGAAGAUGAGGGCGUCAAGAAGCCUCUAAACGCCUUCUUAGGCGAGCUCUUCCUCGGCAGUUGGCAGGAUGCAGAGCUGGGUGAAACAAGAUUGGUGUCUGAACAAGUCAGUCACCACCCACCCAUCACGGCGUGCUACCUGUGGAACGAGAAACACGGUGUGCGUGCCGAGGGCUUCACGCAGCAGGAAAUUACGUUCAAUGGCAGUGUGCAUAUCAAGCAAAAGGGCUAUGCGGUCCUACACAUUGACAAGUACGACGAGGAUUAUCUGAUUCCCGUGCCAAAUGUCAAGGUCAAGGGAAUUCUUAGCGGAAUGCCGUAUCCAGAAUUGCAAGGCUCGUAUUCGCUUAUCUCCUCGAGCGGAUAUGUCUCGCAUAUCAAGUUUGAGGGCAAAGGCUUCUUCGGCACCGGAACCAAGAAUGGCUUUCAAGCCCGCUUAUACCAUCUCGAGCAGCCGAAACACGACCUCUACACGGUCAAGGGGGCGUGGAACGGCGUGUUUAGCAUUGCUGAUGCGCAUGGAGCAGAACUCGAGACCUUUGACGUGGACAAGCUUCCGUCUGUGAAGCUGGACGUUCCCGACCCGGCGGAGCAGGAUCCAUGGGAGUCGCGGCGAGCGUGGGGAGAGGUGAUUGCUGCGCUGCGCAGAGGGGAUAUGCGGGGCACUACGGACGCGAAAUCUCGUGUCGAACAGGGCCAGCGGGAGAUGCGCAAGCAAGAAGAGGCCCAGGGGAAACUGUGGACGCAGCUCUUCUUCCACACUGUGCAGCAAGACGCCGUGUUCGAGCGACUCUCUGUUCACGACCGCGGGUCCUACACUGUCGAUGGCAAAGGAGGGGGUUGGAAAGUCGAGACCGAGGCUGUCAGGACCGCCAAGAAACCAUUUCAUGCCGAUCUCGUUCCAACCAACCAGAGGAUCAACGGUCGGGACCUGAGACAGGAACAGGAACAGCCGCAGGCACAGGCACAGAAACAAGACAUCAACCGCGGGGAUAAAGUUCAAAACCAACCAAGGCCACAAACACCUCCUACAGCAACAGCCACUCCGCCCACACACACGAGUAGUGAUGACAACGGCGCCACAAAUAGCCACCCGCCAUCCCAACAACAUGUCCCCGAUGACCUCGACGCACAAAUGGAUACUCUUGACUUGCAAGACCGACAUACCAUGGGCGCGGCAGUAACAGGGGCCAGUAGUGCAAACACUCCACCUCUCAACAACGCCGUGCGAGAACCAAGCGUUGCCCAAGUCGAAGAUUUCUUGCGUGCCAGAUACAGUAAUUUGCAUUGA